AUGCUGUUGCUGGGCACCCUGCUAAAUGCGGCUGGAUUGUUGAUUCACAGUAUUGACCGAAUGUUGGCCAUCACUGUGCCGGUUUAUUAUUACAACAAUAGUUUUAAAAUUAUGAAGCGCUUACUAUAUUUAUUAUAUGCAAUUGCCGUUACGCCGACGCUCACAAUGUGUGGUUAUACACUAACGCAGCCGUCGAGAAAUAUCAGCAUUCAGUGCAAGUAA